AUGGCUGAAUACCACAAGUGGAAGAGGACUGCUGACCGCAAGGCCAAUGCCGCACCGAAAAUGGAAGAAGGCAUGUCCAAGAUGGACGCCAUACAAGCGGAGGCAAGCCGGGAGGCUCACCCGAUGCAAAGCUUCGAUAUGGAUGCACCUAUACAUCUUUUUUCUUUUGCUGAUCAUUCCAAACUUCUCCCAUCCGAGCUGAAACAGCACAUCGAGUCUCUCGCUAACUCCAACUUGAAGCCGGGAUUGAUUCAGGCCCUCAGGCGUGGCAUAGGCGUGCAUCACGCUGGCAUGAAUCGUGUCUAUCGACAAGUGGUUGAGAUGUUGUUCCGUAGAGGAUUCUUGACCGUCGUCAUCGCUACCGGAACUUUGGCUCUGGGCAUCAACAUGCCAUGCAAGACUGUCAUAUUUUUAGGUGACUCUGUCUACCUCACCACCCUCACCUAUCAACAAGGGGCUGGCCGAGCCGGUCGCCGGAGCUUCGACCUUCUUGGGAACGUCGUUUUUGCUGGCAUAGAACUUGAGCGCGCAUACGAAAUCAUGUCGUCGAGACUCCCGGAUCUCCAAGGCCAUUUUCCCCUCUCCACAACUCUGAUGCUUCGUUUACUCGGGUUCUGGCACCAUACGGAGAAUUCGCAAUAUGCAAUCGACGCGGUCCAAUCUAUGCUGUCACAAACACGUAUCUACCUUGGUGGCCCUGAGAGCCAGAUGGCCAUCAAACAUCAUGUCCGAUUCUCCAUCGAGUACCUUCGAAGGCAGCAACUUCUCUCGCAAGACGGCACGCCAUUGAACUUUACGGGCCUGGUGGGACAUUUGUACUUCACUGAGAACGCCGUCUUUGCAUUCCAUUCCCUGCUCAAGGAAGUCGAGGCAGAGGGUAUCCUAUGCCAACAUAACGAGGACACGCUCGACAUAUUCCGAACAUACGUCGAGACUUAUGUUCACCAGCACUUGAGCGGUGUAUCUGAUGACACUUUGCCCUUCACCAAGCAUAAGUUCGGAUCUCAGGGAAAGCAUAGUCGGCAGCUCAGUUCCGCCCGCAAAUGUUUGCCUCCCACCAAGCUCCGCUCACCAUUCUCCGCCCUCUCGGGCUUCACCGACAAGUUCAAGUCAAUUCACGAACUCUGCACUACGGUCCGCGGCGAUAUAUUCCUCGAGGAAUCGGCUGUGCCGUACAUCCUGAUCUACCUAUACGAUACGAACUGGGUCCCGUGGAAUGCAUACAUCUACGACUUUUUCAAGCACGGGAACAUGAAAGCCCUCGUCGACGAUAACAAGAUCAGGCGCGGAGAUGUUUGGUUCCGCCUCAAGGACUUUUCUCUUGUCCUAUCAACCAUCACAGCAAGCCUCUCCAACUUCUUUGGCGAGGAAAUUGUCGACGACGCCGCCAUGAUGGAUAUCCAGGAUGUCGGCAGUACCAUGGAAGAUGAGUCUGACGACUCUGAUGAUCAGCAUGCCAGCACAGCGGCCACUCGAGAUAAAUGCACAGCCUCCAGUUCAAAGGCUAAGGCGCGGGACACAGCCGUUCCGGACAGUUGGGAGGACGAUAUUGACUCUAGUUCAGCGGAAGAAGACGGUUGUCUCCUUGAUGGCGAGUCGAGUGGUUAUACAAGUCAACGGGGUAGUGAGGGCGAGUAA